GGCCUGCUGUCAAGAGGCAGUCUCGAUCCUGACGUUUCUGCAAAGAGAGCACCCGAAAUGAUCCAAAAGCAUCUUACCCGUUCCUCCAUCUCGGUGCAGUCUGCAGAGAGACAGCGGAGCGGAGGGAUGUGCUGCUAGGUGUCUGCUGUGAGGAGAGACCCGGGAAUAGGAGCAGGAACAGUCACUGAGUCAGUGCCACGACGCGGACACACACACUCCCCGGCAGGGCUGCCUCUGCUCCGUUAAUAAGCAUCCUAUGCAAUUCUGCUCAAGAUGGCGGUGCAGGCAGCGAAAAAGGACGGAAUAGUGUUGAAGAACGUGGAAGAUGACCUUCUGAAGACCUCGCUGGGGAACCCCGGCCUCAUCUCACCUGACAAGGAGGAUAUAUCUCGCCUUCUGACUGUGCCGUUCAGCGGACGCAUCCGGGGAGGCAUGCGGCCAGGGAAGAAGAUUAUAGUGAUGGGCAUUGUCGAAUUGGAGCCAGACAGCUUUGACGUGAGCCUGACCUGUGGCCGUGACUCAGAGAAGGAGGAGACUCCGCAUGACGUAGCCCUGAAACUCACCGCCCGCUUCACCGACCGCCAGUUCAUGCGCAGCGCCCGCAUCUCUGGGAAGUGGACAGUGGAGGAGGCGUCCACCGACUACUUCCCCUUCAUCCCCGAUCAGCCUUUUAGGAUUGAGAUCCACUGCGAGCACCAGAGGUUCCGCAUAUUCGUGGACGGACACCAGCUCUUUGACUUUUAUCACAAAGUGAAAUCUUUCACCUCCAUCGACACGGUACAGAUACAAGGAGAUCUACAGAUCACCAAGCUCGGCUAACAUCCCACUUCUCCUCUUCUGCAACUUGUGUGUGAAGCAAGGACUUGUACACACACACACACACACACAUGCACAUGUUACAUCAUCAUCCAUUACCCAUCAUGCAACACUGCAGCAGCAUAACAACUGUACAAUGCGGCGGCGGUGACACGUUAGACUUCUUCUUCUACAUCUUCUUUCUCUUCUUUCCAUGCCUCUCUGUUGAAGAUGAAGGAUCUGAUGCUGUUGAGGGUGAACGUGUGUUUCUCCGUUUUAGCCCCAGUUUCGUCAGAUCAGGGAUUUCUCGGCAUAUUAAUAGCACAUUCAUUUUUUUAUGUAGAAUCCCAGAGGGAUGCUGAGGUAGAAGCAGGUGCAGAUCACAGCAGAGUGCAGUUUUGUACCCUGUGUUGUCUGAGCUGAUGUAUCUCCAACUCUGUAGGCUCUCCCCGGCCCUCCCUUGGGUUUAUCCCAGUUGUCACGAUAACACACUGCGGUCUCACCGACCUAAAUCCCCUAAAAUGAGGAUUAUAUCACGAGAAGACGUAGCAGGAAGCGUCCUGUACUGUACGCUACGUGUGUCUGCAGCCAUUCUGUAGAUGCAAAGUCCUGUGAGCUGGACAGGAAGUAGAAUUAUAACUGUUUACUUUAAGCGCAAGGAGAGAGGAGGAAUGAGUUUGAGAAUUGGACUCUGCUGCUCUGCUGUCACACCUGCAGAACAUUCGUUUCAUGCGAACCUCAUCUGAACUAAUUCUCAUUAAGAAAAACACUUGACUGCAUAUUUAGGAGACAUUGCUGUCAAAGUGUUUAGGAGUUAAACUAAAACCAUCAGUCACAUUCAGGAAGCAGGAUCAGAUCCUGGUGGUACAGUAGUCAUGUCUCUAUAGUAGCAUAGAAGAUGCAGUAUAGUGAUGCACACAAGUGCUUCAGUCCGACAGUCUCAUGUGUUGAGUGUUUCCUGAAUCAUCUCCAGCGUUUUGUCCUCACUGAGACAUCUUCUCAGCUUCUUGUUUAAUGCAGCCAGAAGGUUUUUUACAAGUCUAACAAACACAGUAAUGUCUCUAUAGCAAUCCCACCACACAGGAUGUAUGUUCCUUCACUGAGGCAGGAAGGAAGCUCUAAUAACUACACAGUAAUAGCAGAGGUGAUCUCACAGUGCUCAGUUUACCUACAGCAUCAACAUGCACUAUGACCUGUAAAGUUUUCCACUUUCAGUAGAACUAGUUUCACUGCGUAGAUGAACACUUUCUUAUAAAAGGGUUUAUAAGAUAUAACUUAUAGCUUUUGGGUUGCCAGGUUGGGUUCUUUUGUAUUGAUUAGUGGUGAUUCACUCUCUCAAUGUAUAACCAUGCAUUAAGUCUUAAAGUGUCUCUGUCGUCUGCAUUCAGAAGACGAAGCGAGCGUCAUGCUGCAGGAGGAUCAGCCAAAAUGAUUUUUUUGUACCUAUUAACGGCUUAUAAUUAUAGGAUCCUUAAAACAUUAGUACAAUAUUUAUUAACCAUGAAUAAAGUCAUUAUUUACAACUUAUUAACCCCUAAAGGGUGACGUAUUACAAAGUUAUAGAUAGCUUGGACCAAGUUGAAGAAGCUCGUCUUUGGAGAUUUUAUACUUCAUAUCAAACUAAAUGUAACGCUCUUACUGCUGUCAUGGUGUGCCGACAGUUUCACACGAGUACCAUCACAACGUUUACACUUUUACACUUCAAUUUUGAUCUAAACGGACUCAUUUUGCUGCUGAAGAUUUGGAGUAAGCCAUGACAUCUGUGCAGAACAGUUGACCCUCUUCACUGCAGGGCACUCGGUCACUGUGCGGACCUCUGCUCACACUAACGAAGCUUUCCUUUAGAUUUCUAAGCAAACCUUUGUGGAACAUCUUGUUACCGUCUGUGCACAUUGUUCUCACUGAGAGGCUUUUCACACAUGGACUCCUUUCAUGUAGCAAUAAGCGUAGACUUCACUGCUCUGGAGCAGAACUUGUUUUCUGCUGGCUUGUCAGACAGGGUCUUCCUCAGCUCCUCGUUUUCACUUUGCCAGCGUUGGUUUAUUUUCAGGCACAAACAGGAAAUGAGUAGUUUGGUAUGAGAGGGCAGCGAGGAGUGCGGUUUGAAAGGAUGUAAGCCAGUGCGAUGCCUUGGUGCUCCAGUAUUACAACAGAACAAAUCUGCACUAAUAAUGUGUAAUUGUGUUGACCGAGUGUGUUUUUUGGACUUUCUAUUAACAGGUGACCAUGCAUUUGUACCGUUACAGUUUCCUGUAAUAAUGUUAAUAUACACCGUGUAAAGAAUAUGGCCAUAACUCAGCGGUAUGUUUCAUGGAUGUGGUAACAAGAUGUGAUAAAAUACGCUUUCGACUCCUCAGGAGGUAGGAACACUGGGGGAGGGAGAUGAACAGUUCAAGACUUCCUGAAUUAAAGGGCUCUGAACAGGAAGUGCUUUUUGUAUACGUGUAUGUGUGUGUGUGUGUGUGUGUGUGUGUGCUGGGAGUGUGUUUUUCCUCAACAUGGCACAGUUAAACUCCGCAUUAGCAGACUGUUGUGGGUUUGCUGAGUAUUUUAGUAAAAAAACAAACACUUUCGGUACAUGUGCUUGGAAACAUAUAUUGUGUUUCUUCCUGAAAUCUAGUGUUAAAAACAACAAGGUCCUGAUCUCCUAAUGAUCCCACGUCUUCUGAACAUCCGGGGAAAUGAUUCUCUAAACUAUCUGUUUUUGACUGUUCUUCAACCCUUUAAAAACGCAACUUAAAAACUGAAUGUUAUUCUCCUACUGAUUGUAAUCUGAUGAGAAAUGUGGAAAUAUUGUUGAUAUAUAAUAUAAGAAAUAGGCCCUUCCUAUCCAAACUGUUUAUUUGACCCUGUUAUCCUGCUUUUGGACUUUAUAUAUUUGUAAGCGAGGCCUCGCAAGGCUUCGUUUUUACAUGAGGAAUACCAGCAGAAAGCAUUUAGUUGUGCAUGUAAGCGAGUACCUGGCUUUUUAUAUCCAUGAACAAUUGAUUAUAUUGCCAGUUUUCUUUCCAGUCAAGCAUGCGUUUUAUUUAAUCUGCUUUUAUCAGACGUGUUUUAAAGGCAGAUUUUCUUUUGACCUGUUUAUCUUUUUUUAAUAGCCUAGUAUUUAUAAAAAAAAAUCCAGUUUUAGUAUUUACCAAAUUACAAUCUUUGAACACCCCUGACACAAACCUUUUUGCACCCGGGACUUUUAAUAAGUGAAACACAAUGACUUUCUAAAAGAAGUGCUAAAACCUACAUCAUGAUGUCCAUUUCUGAAGUGUCCUCUGAGUAGAAGUAGGCUGAUCUGUUGCUAAUGUGUCGUGUGGUUGUACAAUCAUGUUAUCAUUUCUAUUUAUUGCCGUGUAACCAGCAGGAUUGUGUGUGUGUGUGGUAACGUCAAACCACACUGUAUUGGUAACACUCAUGUUUGCUGUUUCUAUGAAGGCAUUUUGAAAAGUGGAGUUUUUUAUAAUGAUGAAAGCAACUGAGGUCAAGUAUUUAUAUAUUGUUCUUUCCUCUAUGAUGCAAGGAAAUGUGUGAAACCAGUAUUGGAUCUAAUAUUAUUUUUCUUUUAACCGUAAAACAAGGUUUACGUCAUUUAGAUUUAUGUGUUUUCUGGGAUGUAACGUGUCGGAGGGUCACCGGCGGUUGUGACUUUGAUCUCCUUGAAGGCUUUCAUGUCACCAGGCAUCGUUGAUCUGCUGUUUUCCAGCUGAGCAGCUCUCUGUUCGCCGCAACAACGCUGCUCCACAAAGAAACAGGAGAACUUGUAGACGUGAUGCAAACUCCCGAAAUAUCCUGAGAUUGCCCCGAUUUUGUGUCCCAUUGAGACUGUGCACUGGACCUGUGUUACAUGAACACGUGCGUCUUAGACCUCCAAAUGUUUUUUUCUCUCAAUGCUUUUGUAAAAACAGUUACUUUGCAAACCAAUAAACUUCUCAUCUUGGAAAUG